AUGUCCCGUCAAACGUCUGAAAUACCGCAAACCCAAACACAAACACAAACCCGCAGAGCACUGCAAGAUACAAUCGAGGAUCUAAAAGUUGAUGUGCAAACCUUUCUGGAUAAGGGAUGGUUUACAUCGGAGGAAAUGGAGUUUAUUUAUUCUUUGGAGGGGGUGGAGGGGGGUAGGAAUGGGGAUGGGGAUGGUGGUGGGGGGAGAGGGGCUAGAGAUGGGGAGAGAGGAAGGGGGAUUACGGGUGAGGCGGGGAGAGCAAGCGGAAUUAGGGAUGAGGGAGGGAGAGGAAGCGGGGAUAGGGGGGAGAGAGAGUGGGAAUGGGAAAAUUGGGUGAGGUUGAUGUUAGGGUGGUUAUUGGCCUUGACGCUUUGA